AUGUCAUUCCUUUAUAAUACUAAUGAUAAUUCCAAAAUGAAUUUUGAUUGUUUUUAUACUUAUAUCAUUGAUGAUCCUAAUCAAAUAGAUCAAACUUUUCUUCGCACAAAUUAUUUAACUCCAUAUUGUCUACGUCCAUCAUCAAACGAUUCUAUUGGUGAAAAUUUAACAUUGAUACAAGGAUAUGUAGAAAAUGUAGUCAUGUUUAAAACUUUACGUUCUCAAGGAAUUAAUAGUGACCAUCUACUUCAAUGGUCAAUAUCAAUUGAUAUUAUUGAACAAUAUGCGAUAUAUUUGAUUACAAAUGAUACAACACUUGAUGACAUUAGUUUUUACAAUUGUUCAACUUCAUGGUUUGGUUCUCAUUUUUCUUUAUUUAAUAAUCGAAAACAAUAUCAUAAAAAACUCACAAUAAAUACUUUUUAUCCACAUUUAUCUGAAUGUCAUCGUGGUCCUGAACCAAUGUGUUUAGAUAGGCGUGAAAUAUGUAAUGAAAUAAUUGAUUGUAUUGAAGAUAGUUUCGGUAUGGAUGAGCAGUAUUGUGAUAAAAUUGAAAUGAAUAAAUCUAAAGAAGAUGAAUAUCGAUUUCAUAAUGGAGCUCAAUGUAUACCAUUAGUAUUUUUUCGAGAUAGCUGGACCAGUAAAGAUUGUUUAGAUGAAACCGAUGAAGAUGAAAUUAGCAUGAAUAGUCAAGUGAUUAGUGAUGUGAGUAAAUUAGAUUGCAUAGGAAUACUAACGUUUCCUUGUGAAGAACGUAGCUGUCGUAUUACACGAUCAUUUCCAUGUGGUGAUGGAGAAUGUCGUAGGUCUGAAUUCAUUGACAAUUAA